AUAAUAACUCACAAUCAGAGUGGGCGUUAGAUGGGUUGGUCAGUGUGACCUAGACACUAUAAAUGAAAGCACAGUAAGGAGAGCAGAACAAACUCCUAACAGGAGGAGACUCACUCAUGGCUAAUGAGACAGACAAUCAUGAGACUCAGUACUGCUUUCCUGCCAUCAACUCAUCAUGCAUCAAGGGAAAACGCUCCAGUUUUGAACAUAAUAUCAUCUAUAUGUUUGUAUUAUUGCUGUCAGUCUGGACUGUGUUUCUGAACCUGCUGGUGAUCAUCUCCAUCUCUCAUUUCAAGAAGCUUCACACUCCAACAAACCUGAUCAUUCUUUCUCUGGCUGUGGCCGACAUGCUUGUUGGACUUUUUGUGAUACCCAUAGAGGGAAUCAAGCAAAUUGAGACAUGCUGGUACUUUGGAGACACUAAUUGUGGAUUGUAUGUGAUCAUCGUUAGGUUGCUCCUUAUUAUGUCUCUUAGUAAUUUGGUAUUAAUUGCUGUGGAUCGCUAUAUGGCUGUGUGUCACCCUUUACUGUAUCCACAGAAAAUGACUACAACUAAAACUUUAAUAAGCAUUUGUCUCUGCUGGUUUUGCUGUUCAGUGUACAUUGUUUGGUUUGUAAUCAGUAACGGAUAUUUUAAUAUGUCUGACACAACACUCUGUUACGGCCAGUGUAUUGUUUUUAUUACACCUGCUUGGAGAUUUAUUGAUUUAAUAGUUUCUCUUUUAUUUCCUUGUACUGUGAUCAUCACUGCAUAUUUGAGGAUAUUUUAUGUUGUGCAAAGGCAAGUCAAAGUUAUUAACUCUCAAAUGAAGGGUUUAAAAUGUGUAAUAGAUAUUUCAGUUAGGAGGAAAUCUGAGAGCAAAGCUGCUCUGACAUUAGGAAUCAUUGUGACAGCUUAUCUUCUUUGCUGGAUUCCGUUCUUCAUCUGUUCUCUAACAAAAACAGUCUCCUUCACUACGCUGACAUUUCUAACAUGGACCAUCUAUAUAAACUCAGUUCUGAAUCCUAUUGUCUAUGCUUUAUUUUACCACUGGUUUAAAAUAUCUGUUAAAAACAUUCUAACUCUUAGAAUUUUUCAGCCAGCAUCCUCUCUGAUUGACAUUUUGACUGAUUGUCAUUAAUGGUUUACAGUGGGGAUUUAUUUGUUUUAUUUU